GAUUACUACUUUUCGAUAAAUAUCCUCCUUUUUUCCCAUUUGUAAAAUUUUUUAUUUUUAUUUCUCUUUGUAACUUACAUAUCAAUAUAUCAUGUCUAAUGCUAACGUUGCUGAAGCUGACGGUACUACAAAGCCUGGCCACCAUAAACGUACUUAUACCGGAGUUGGGAAAAAAGAACUUAAAAAAGAAAUAGCUAAAUUGCCUAAAGAAACUUUAGCUUUGUGGGAAAAAUAUGGUGCUGAUGAAUCUGAUGAUAAGGAAUCUUUUCAAAAAUCAUUUAUUCGUCACGUGACUACAACACUCGCUAGAUCGAUCUAUAAUAUUGAUAAUUUUAGCGCAUAUCAAGCAACGGCUCAUAGCGUUCGAGAUCGAUUAAUCAAGAGAUGGAAUGAAACGCAACAGACCCAUACUGAAGUUGAUUCUAAGCGUGUAUAUUAUUUGUCUUUGGAAUUCUUGCUGGGAAGAUCAUUAGAUAAUGCUCUUCUCAAUUUGGGAUUAAAAGACAACUAUGGGGGGGGCAUCAAGGAAUUGGGUUUUACGAUGGAAGACGUUCUUGAACAAGAAGUCGAUGCUGCCCUCGGCAAUGGUGGUUUAGGUCGUCUUGCUGCUUGUUAUAUGGAUUCUUUAGCUACUAUGGAUUAUCCUGCUUGGGGUUAUGGUCUUAGGUACACUUAUGGUAUCUUUCAACAAAGAUUAAAGGACGGAUACCAAAUUGAAUUUCCGGAUUAUUGGCUUAACUUUGAUAAUCCAUGGGAAUUGCCUCGUCUCGAUGUUGUGGUUGAUGUUCAAUUUUGCGGCUCCGUAAAUCGUUAUACUGAUGAAGAAGGUCAUGAACGAUAUGCGUGGGAAGGCGGUGAUACACUUCAAGCAAUUGCAUAUGAUGUACCCAUUCCAGGAUAUGGUACCAAAAAUUGUAUUAACAUCCGUCUUUGGAGUAGUAAACCCAAGCGUCAAUUUGAUCUUACCCGAUUCAACGAAGGUCAAUACGAACAAGCUGUUUAUGAACAGAUGCAAGCUGAAAACAUAACUGCUGUCUUGUAUCCUAAUGAUAACCAUAUGGUUGGUAAAGAAUUACGUCUUAAACAGCAAUAUUUCUGGGUAGCCGCUAGCCUUUUCGAUAUUGUUCGCCGUUUCAAAAAAUCAGAAAAACCGUGGAGUAAUUUCCCCUUACAAGUCGCCAUCCAAUUGAAUGAUACCCAUCCGACACUUGCUAUUGUCGAACUUCAAAGAAUAUUGGUUGAUCUUGAAGGAAUUGGUUGGGAUGAAGCAUGGGCCAUUGUUACACAAACUUUUGCUUUCACAAAUCACACUAUUCUUCCCGAAGCUAUGGAAAGAUGGCCAGUUCCCAUGAUACAAUAUUUGUUACCAAGACAUAUGCAAAUCAUCUUUGAUAUCAAUUUGUUCUUCUUACAAAAAGUAGAAAAGGCUAUCCCUAAUAACCGUGAUCUUUUGGCCAAAUUGUCUAUUAUUGAAGAAUCAACACCUCAAUUCGUGAGAAUGGCACAUCUUGCCAUUGUUGGUUCCCAUCGGGUCAAUGGCGUUGCCGCGUUACAUUCAGAAUUGAUUAAGCAAACGAUUUUCAAAGAUUUCAUCCAAUUUUAUGGUGAAAGUAAAUUUGAAAAUAAGACAAAUGGUAUUACCCCUCGCAGAUGGUUACAUCAGGCCAAUCCUAAAUUAAGUGAAUUAAUAACUGAAACCUUAGGAAGUAAAAAUUGGUUAAAGAAUCUUGAUUUAUUGAAAGGGCUUAAAUCACACGUUAACAAUAAGGAUUUCAGAAAACGUUGGGUCGCCGCUAAACUUUCAAACAAAGUUCGUUUGGCUGAUUAUAUCCAAAAAGCAACCGGGGUUACGGUGAAUUCGAAUGCUUUGUUUGAUGUCCAAGUUAAAAGAAUCCAUGAGUACAAGAGACAAUUUAUGAAUAUUUUGGGUGUUAUUCACCGAUACAAUACAUUAAAAAAGAUGACCUCUGAAGAAAGAGCCUGUGUUGUUCAUCGAGUUGUCAUUUUCGGAGGAAAAGCUGCUCCUGGUUAUUAUAUCGCAAAAUUGGUCAUUAAGCUAAUAAAUAGUGUUGCUGAAGUCGUAAACAACGAUAAUUCAAUUGAAGAUUCUUUGAAGGUUGUCUUUAUCCCAGAUUACAACGUCUCAGUUGCUGAAAUUAUUAUUCCAGCAUCAGACAUUUCGCAGCAUAUUUCAACAGCUGGUACAGAAGCUUCCGGUACCAGUAACAUGAAAUUUGUUUUGAAUGGAGGUUUAAUUCUUGGUACCGUUGAUGGUGCUAAUAUUGAAAUUUGUGAAGAAAUUGGUGACGAUAACAUUUUCAUGUUUGGAAAUUUGGCUCAUCAAGUUGAUGACCUGAGACAUGCUCAUAGAUAUCGUAGCGUACCAGUGGAUCCUUCUUUACAAGCUGUAAUUAAUGAUAUCGAAUCAGGUCAAUUUGGUGAUUCACGCAUCUUUGCACCUUUAAUCAACACUUUGACUCAUGGUAAAGAUUAUUAUUUGAUUUCUGAUGACUUCCAAUCAUAUCUUGAUACACAAAAGUUGGUGGAUGAAUCGUAUAAGGAUCAAGAAGGAUGGACAACGAAGAGUAUUAUGUGCUCUGCACAUAUGGGCAAAUUUUCAUCUGACCGUGCUAUCCAAGAAUAUGCAGAUCAAAUUUGGGAGAUUAAACCUGUGCCUGUUAUGACAAAAAAACAUAUCUAGUUUUUAGAUUUGGAAGAAAAUUUCUUGUAAUAAUUAGCUUUAUUUAUUAUGCAAUAACAUGAUAUUUAUUGUAAUUGGAUUAAUAUUAUUAAUUUUUUUAAUGGAUGAUUAAAAAUGAAUUGAUUUAUGAUGAAUUAAGUAAUAAAAAAGAGUUUAUUUAUAAUCUA